AUGGAGGGCUGUCACUGUGGACAGCAAGCAGCUUUUAUGUUCAUAGCCGCUGCUGUCCUCCUGCUCUUCCAGUGUGGGCAUCUGACCAGGGACCAGGCUGAGGCUGCACCAAGGAGACAGCAAGAAGCAGAACCAUUAAAGUCCGCACGGCCUCAAAAGACCACAAACGGCCAGCGCCCCUACGACAGGGAACAGACAACAGCCAACAACAAACAGGGUUUUCUUCACAUACUACAGUUUCAAAGCCCCAAUACAUGGACAUCCGAUCUGAAAGACAAAAUCAAAGUUUACCUGUUUUUACAAAAUAUACAAGAAAUUGGGGACCUCCAGCUUUCUGUACAAAAUUACAUCACACAAAUCACUGGAGACCCAGAGUAUCUUCUAUCAGAACUACAACAACUUGAUCACCAAUUAUUUCCUCUUGCUAUGAAAUAUCUGCUCACAGGGAAUAAAGACGACUUUACUGAGGAAAUCAGUAUUUUUCUGGAUUUUGAAGCUAUGAGAGAUAAGGUGUUUCAGUGCCCCAUAGGAAAUCGCACAUUAUUCCUCCUCACCUACCAGAAAUGCCUUCAUGCUCUGCACUCAACAGACUGUGUAGAAAUACUGGGAAGGAUUCUACGUAUGUACGGAGAGAUAUACCUGGACACAAAUAUGAUAGUAAAAUUGCCAACUGAAAUAUUAGAUGACCCUUUCCGAAACCUGUCAUCUGUGUUUAGAGAUCUGUACGAUAAAAUGACAGCUACCAACCAAAGAGCUGUGUAUGAGUGGAUGACUCAGACCCUUCAAAAAUCCUACCCCGUUGUAGAAAUCUAAUCUAUGAUUACAGAUGUCAAUGGAUCAUCAUCAUGGGUAACUGCAGAGAGCCUCUGGAUAUUGGGCCGACUUAUGGUUCUUCUACCACUGCAUGAAAUCAAGAAGAUAAAUAUCAAUGCGAUCCGUGUUUUUAUUAGUUAUGACAAUGCCACAAAGCAGCUGGAUACAGUGUAUGAUAUCACAGAAGAUCUUGCUAAAGCAUUCCUGGAACUUAUAAACUCAUCAGGGUUUGAUAUGAGAAACAUCUCCACAAUAUACAGGCUGGGUUUGCUGGUCUGCUUCUAUGAUAACAUCCAAGAUAUUGAUUCAUCGGUGGCAAAAGCCUUACUGCAUCAGAUGAUCAAGUGCAACCAGCUGAGGGGUUUCAAUGCUGAUGUACAGAAGCUGAAAGCUCAGCUCAUGUAUAUUGGCACCUUAAAUCAGACCCUGAAUGACAGUCUGGGCUCUAUUUCGGAUGCUGUGGUAGGUCUAACCAUAUCCCAGCUGCAAUCACUGUCACCAGAAGCGGUGCAGGGGGCUAUCCUAACACUGCAACAAGUCUCCGGGUGGACCAAGAGUCAGAUCAUGAUCUUAACCAAAAAGUUUCUCCAAUCUGAAAAGAACUUAACAUAUUUCAAUGUUAGCCAGCUUGGAGAACUGGUGACAGGCGUCAGUUCAGAAUUGUUUUAUGAGAUGAAUUCACGGGAGCUUUUACUGGCUCUGAAAAAUGGACUUUCCCAACAUGCACCAGGAAUUUCACCAGCACAGCAAGAAAGUAUUCUUAGUAAGCUGAUGUCUUCUGGAGAGUUCCAGACAGUUCUGGCAGGAAUGAGUGGAACAUUCUUUAAAGACGUGUCUCUCUCACAACUAUCCACAGAAAGGGAUUUGGAUGUUGCAGUCCUAAAGGAGAAAGAGAUGAGAACAAGUCAGGCUCUAUUUCUGUUUGAGUUGAUGUUUAAUAAAACAACACUGGAGAAUCUACUGAGUACAGGACAGUUGGUGAAAGGUAUUACCUGUGAGCAGAUAGACAACAUUAUUGAUUCCAGCCACCUCAAGCUCAUUGAGAAGAACCUACUUUUACUUUCUCCAUUUCAGAUUCAUUGUCUGGCCUGGAAAUACUGGAGGGGUUCCAAAGCAGACAUUCCCCCAUUCCUGCUAGCUGUACUUCCGACUGAAUACUUUGCCUCUUACCCUCUUGUCUGCAAAAAGCUGAUUAUUAGCCUGAGAAAGAUAGACCUUAACCAUUUGCUGUUAAAUGAAAAUAAGAAGCAGUUUGUAAUUAACAAGGUGAAUCGAUGCCUGAAUGGUUCUAUAGUGGAUGUGUAUCAGCUAGAUAUGCUUGGGAGCCUCAUCUGUCACUUGUCCCCGAGUAUCAUACGGAAUGUCAUCCACAAUGUAAUUGCAUCAGCAAUAAGUCAGUUGAAGGCCUGUUCUGACCUUAGCCAUGAGCAAAACCAAGAAAUUAAACACCGCAUCCUGCAGUACUAUGGAAACCCAUUAAAUUGGACAUCCGAUAUAGCACAAGACUUGGUACCUUUCUGGAAUCUUCUGUCCAAAGAGGAGAUCAUGACUGUGUUGCUGAAGUUUCAGAGUUUAGCACCACGGAUGGUAUUAGAGGCAGCAGAAAUUCCUCAAGGUGAUGAGAUGCUAUCAGCCUUACACAAUGCCAUUUGGUUACAUGGUACCAAUGAUUCUGUACCUGCAGGUGCAGAGUGUAUGGACACAACAGCACUGUCUGCUUAUACCAUCACCCUACUGGGAGAAGCCAAUUCCUUAUGGUUGCCAAAGGAGUUGCAGUGUAUGAGCAUGGAAACCUUUGCCAAAACUGUACACAUCCUUGGUGGUUUGAGACGCUUCAAUCAAUCUCAGCUGUCUGUUCUGAAGGAUAAAGGAAAACUGCUCUGGGGACCACUUUCAGAAUGGAAGAGCUACCAUAUUGCUGCACUGGGACAGAUUGUCACGGCUCUGAAUAUCCACGAAAUAGACCAGCUGGAUUUAAAUUCUAUUGACAUUGUUUCUGCACUGACCCAGCAGGCUAUAUGGACUGAAGCACAGGCAAAGUCCAUACUACAUGGGUUCUUGAAUGAUUCAGGAAAAUUAGUUAGAGACCUGAAGAGCUUUGAAUUGGCAGGACUGGGACGAAGCUUGUGUGCUGCUAAACCUGAGCAGAUAGUUCAGAUCAAGCCUAUGGAAUUUCGAUCUGUUAUUUCAAGGCUCGGAUCCCUGCCUUGCAGCCCAGACAUUUUACAAGCAUUCAAAAAACAGGCCGAACUGGUCUAUGGAAAAGUGGAAACAUGGAGCCAUUAUAUUUUAUAUGAUAUAGGCUGUAUUGCAGCUGCAUUAAGUGAAGAAGAUUUCAAGGCUAUAGGCCCAAGGUUAAUGCCAUACUGCCAGCAAUCAUCCCACACGCUUUCAGCAGAGCAUAUAUCUAACCUAGGACCUGGAAAUGGAGCGAUGGUUACAGAAUCCCAACGCGCACUGCUCAAUACCUCUCAGCUGCAAAGCCUGAGUCAAGCACUAGAGGGCAUCAGAGUAAGCAGCAACCGGACACAAUACCUGACAACAAAAAGUACAACCACAGCCACCAGUCUAACUUCUGUAUCAAAUGGUGCCACACUGACAGCUGGUUAUAUCAUCCUUUUGGCAGUAAUCAGCCAUUUGCUUUGUUCUUGA